AUGCAUUCUUCGUCUUCGCCUGUUUUUCCCACUCUUAUGGAAAGCACGUAUAUGAAACCCUCGGAUUCUUUUCAUCGUUCACCUGUUGGGGGUUUGACUGCAAAUCAAGCCACACCGUCAAAUCCGAUCAGAAGUGCUAGACAGGUGUUUUCGACCACUGCAGAAUGUCCCGGGGGCAUCGCCUUUUCUUCCGAUUCACAGCAUGAUAGGCAAUAUCAAGAUUCUCCCUUCACUUCUCAGACAUUAGGCGACGAUGUGUCUUCGGAAAUCCACUCAACAACGUUCACUUCUCAUCCGCAAGAAAAUGAUGAUAUUUCCUGGGGACCAGAUCCGAUGCAGGAUAUUGCUUGUUUUCCUGAAAUUUUUUCUGUCCAGCAUGAUCAGGUGGAAAACAGUGCUUCUUACAUGAACGAUGGCAAUGUAAAAAAAUCUGAUUUCGGGGAGUGGGUUGACCAGCUAAUGACAAUUGAUGAAACUCCUCAUCCAAAUUGGAGUCAGCUUCUUGGUGACGACAGUGUUGCUGAACCAACGCCAAAGGCAACACAGGCUUCUCUGAAGCAGAAUACACUGUCUCGAGAAGUUAAUGAUCUUUGUAAUUCAUCCGCGUCGACUGCACCUCAAACUAAGCCUAGAAUGCGAUGGAGUCCGGAGCUUCACGAGGCCUUUGUGGAAGCAGUCAACCAGCUUGGUGGUAGUGAGAAGGCCACUCCAAAAGGUGUCUUGAAUCUGAUGAAUGUCGAGGGCCUUACCAUAUACCAUGUAAAAAGCCACCUGCAGAAGUACAGAACCGCCCGAUACAAACCUGAAUCACCAGAAGAAACUUCUGAGAAAAAGAUGAGUUCAAUUGAAGAAAUGAAAUCUCUAGACUUAAAGACGAGUAAGGGCAUCACCGAAGCAUUACGGUUGCAGAUGGACCUCCAAAAACGGCUUCACGAACAGCUUGAGAUUCAAAGGAAGUUGCAGAUUCAAAUUGAAAACCAAGGGAAACAUCUUCAGAUGAUGUUUGAGAAACAGAAACAGAAACAGAUAGGUGGCAGCAAGGGCUCGCCCCCUUCCAACGCACCUUCUGCUGCACUCUUGGACACGGCGAUACCUUCUCCGGUAGACAAAUUAAAAACGUCAAAUGAUGAACGCAAUGAAUUAAAAUGUAACACUGAAGAAAGUUCUCAGGAUGCAAGCAGAAAAAAAAUGGUACAAGAAGCUGAAGUUACGGAUGAACAUGAGAGUACAGAUAAUCAGUUUUCUGCAGUACCUCCAACAAAACGGGCGAAGAUUCAAUGA